AUUCUACUUUGACAAGAUUUAAAAUGUUGUGCGUGCCCAAGAAAUUUCUACUUAAGUUUCCUUUGAGGAUAGGAGCAUUAACAUUUGGAGUUCUUACAUUAUGCCUCCUGAUAAUCUGCGCCGUCACCAUGAUCAUCCAGAUCGUCUUCAUCAAGGACUGUCCCAACCAUGAGUCAUGCCAUCCCUUCGCUAUGAUGAACUGCUACGCUUAUAGCAUCACUGGCUUUAUUUAUAUCCUCGUCAUGAUUGCUUUGAACUCAUGGUUCUUUCAUGGCAUUAAAAUGAAAAAGCCAUCAGUGGUGUUAAGCUGGCUCAUAGUAUAUUCAAUGUGGCUGGUCUUGGCCUUCGUCAUACUGAUCAUCUUAAUAUGUCUACAUGCGUCAGAAGUUAACAAUUUUAUUAAGGCAAUUUGUGCCUUAGUAUUUGGACUUCUUGCUAUUGCUAUACUAGUGUACGGCGUGUUGGUUAUAGUUGGGUUCUGGAUGGAAUUGAAAAAUACAAAACAUCGACCAUUAACACCUGCGUAA